AUCUUACGGCCGCAUUCCGAAUCACAAAAAAAUCUCCACUUACACUCACACUUUGCUGAGUGUGAGUGUGAGUGUCGAUUCUCCACUCAACCCGGUUAGUAUUCCCAAUGAAAUUGAGUCUCCACUCACGAAAGUAGAGAAUUUGUGAGUGUGUCAGCUGAGAGUGGAGUUUUCCUGUGAAGACCACUGUUGUCUUUAGUUACACUUUUUCAUUGUGUAAAUAAUUAAUUUAAUAAUUAAAAAUGUCCUCUUCUGACGAAUCCACCACCACCGUAAAAGAGUUGGGAACGCCGGUACGUGCCAAACUUCCGGUAAUGACCUCUCUCGAGAAGGAAAUUCUACUGGGAAUAGUAGCGAUUCCUAAAUUUAAGUGUAUAGUUGAAAAUAAAUCAACUAAUUCGAUUUGGACGGCCCAAAAGGACGAAGCCUGGGCCAAGAUCAGCUUGGAGUUUUGCUCCCAAUUGAAUGUGACAAAAAGGUCUGGCCCAAAACUGAAGAAAUCGUGGGAAAACUUGAAAAGUCGAGCAAAAAAACAGGUUUCGAAAACUAAAAGAAGUCGGGGUAAAACAGGCGGUGGGAAAAACAAAUACGAAAUUUCACCCGUUUCGGCAAAAGUAGUGUCAAUAGUACCAGCCCAACUUGCCUCUAUAAGCAACCCGUACGAUAACGACGCUGUCACAUCUGAAGAAGAAGCUGGACGAAAGUCCAUUCAAGAGUCGAGCAAGACAUUGGAGCGUGAAGUUAUCAGCUCCAUCCUGGCUGGCAAUAGGUCAGAUAUCGGGCAGGUGUCAAACAUCUCGGGUCGGAUUAGUCCAGAGGAACUCUGCACGGGCGGCUUGAAGAAAGUAGUUGCACCACGUUUACACAAACGACGACUUCUGGCCGGACAAGAACUGAUUAUUGAAAUGGAGGAGCAGGCACACGAGAAAAAAAUGAAAUUAUUGGAUUUACAGAUUUUACGGGAGGAAGCUCGUAUUAAAAUGGACAAGGAGUAUUACGUGGCCAGAAUGAAUUUUUUAGCAAAACAAAAUUAUCAAAUGGUCCAGCAUGUUGAAAUAAUAGGCACACGCGCCUACUGGAUGAAUAAUAAUUCAAUUAAUAAUGAUUCAAUUAUAUUUUUAAUUGAAUAAAAAAUUGGCAAUCAUUUCCUUAACUGUUAUGUGAUAGAUUUGUGAAAGUUAUGUGAGCAAAGUCAAAAGAAAUAAAGCGAUUUUUAUAACGGAACCA